UCGCCAUGGAAUCUUUGACGACAGCCAUGUCGACACAGAAACUUCAUCAGCUUCACUUUGUUUUGAUACCUUUAAUGGCCCCAGGUCAUCUUCUUCCCAUGGUAGACUUGGCUAGACUUUUGGCUCGGCGAAAUGUGAAGGUCACCAUAAUGACCACACCAUUAAAUGCUGCUCGAGUUCGGGCAAAUAUUGAUAGGGAGAUCCAGUCUGGUUCAUCAAUCAGUGUUCAACAUUUUCGAUUCCCAAAUGCUGAGGCUGGUUUACCAGAGGGGUGUGAGAGCAUAGACACUUUACCUUCCAUGGAUCUUCUGCUCAACUUUGCGAAAGCUAUGUGUUUGUUGCAGGAACCAGUUGAAGAAGUCUUUGAAAAGCUUAUUAGUCCCUCCCCAACCUGCGUAAUACAUGACAAAUACCUUCCAUUUGUAGCUGAUAUUGCUAAAAAGCUCCAAGUUCCAAGAAUAACAUUCGAUGGAACUAGCUGUUUCACUCUGUUAUGUGACAACAGUCUGUAUAAUUCUGAAGUCUAUGAGAACUUGUCCGAAUCAGAACCAUUCGUUGUGCCUGGAUUGCCCCAUAGAAUAGUGUUUAAGAAAUCUCAACUUCCCGAGUGGUUUACACUUAACAGAGGCCAAGACGUCAGUGUUUUGCGUGAGAAAACAAGGAAAUGUGAAGAAGAAGCAUAUGGGGUGAUAGUGAAUAGCUUUGAAGAGUUCGAAGAAGAAUACGUGAAGGAGUAUAGAAGAGUCACAGGUAGAAAGGUUUGGUGUGUUGGUCCAGUCUCACUCUCAAACAAGGACGACUUGGAUAAGACUCAAAGAGGCAAACCGGACUCAAACGAAAAAGAAGAAGAAGAAGAAGGCCAAUACUUGAAGUGGCUUGAUUCAUGGCCUGCAAGAUCUGUCAUCUAUGUCUGCCUUGGAACCUUAAACUUUGUACCACCAGAGCAAUUGAUGGAGCUAGGUUUGGGACUGGAAGCUACAAAGAGGCCAUUCAUUUGGGUACUGAGAGACUCAUACAAAAGAGAAGAAAUGGACAAAUUACUGAAGGAAGAUGGAUUAGAAGAGAGAGUGAAAGGAAGAGGACUCAUAAUAAGAGGUUGGGUGCCUCAAGUUCUGAUACUGUCACACACAGCAAUAGGAUCAUUCUUAACACACUGUGGAUGGAACUCAACGCUUGAAGGGAUCAGUAAUGGACUGCCACUAAUAACAUUUCCUCUAUCUUCUGAUCAAUUUUAUAAUGAGAAGGUGAUUGUUCAGUUGUUGGAGAUAGGUGCGAGGGUGGGAGCUGAGAUUGCUGUACAUCUAGGGGAGGAAGACAAGUAUGGGGUUCAGGUGAAGAGGGAGAAAGUGAAGGAGGCAAUAGAGAAAGUAAUGGGUGAAGAAGAUGAGGAAAGUGAAAGGAUAAGAGAAAGAGCAAGGAAUUAUGCGGAGAAGGCAAACAGAACACUGCAGAAAGGCGGAUCUUCUUACCUUAACUUGUCACUGCUGAUUGAAGACAUAAUACAAUAUUAAUCGUGGUCAAUCAAA